CUGCUCAACAACAAGCCACAGGACCUCCGAUUCCACAGAUUUUACGAGCACGUAUAUCGCAUGUACUCAGUGAGUCUUAGCGGACUAGAGGACCGAACCCGGCCCCUCUGGACCGGAAUCCGAUUCUAUAACGUCACUUAAUUGAAUUGUUUGUUUCGUCAUUGUUGAUGAACAGUUAAUCUUAGAGGGGUGUUAAGUAUUGGUGUAUUUUCAAGUUGAAUUACGAAGACAAUGGAUCAACUAUGUCAACUGUCGAGUCAAACCUGUUUUCAUCUGAAACUUAGUGAUGCUCUUCGCUUUUGCUUUCUUUUAAUUGCUACAACAAAUGAUGUUUUCUGUAAACCAUAUGAUAAAGGAAAUAGUCGAGAAAAAAGGUCUAAACUUGGGAAGAUCAUAUCUGGAAUCUCUAAAGGUACCAAAAUAAUUGGAAGGUAUCAGGACUCAGGUAACUAUUCUGUUGUGUAUCUCCUUGUUAUAGGAGUUGUAUUGUUCAUCGCUAUGCUUCUUUGCCAACUUUGCUCUUCAGAGGAAGAAGAAAAUCCUGAGCAGAGUGCACCAACAACAGACAACGCAUGAUUGUUGUUCAUUUUUUGACGUAGAAAAACUGACCAUAUAGCCAGAGAGUUAAUGUAUGCCUCAUGCCUGAUUCUCAUUCGGCGACAGAAGAACAUGCUUUCCAUAUCAGAAGAAUAAGUGAGAUUUUCUUUCUCACAGCAGAUCCAGCAGAACUCGUUACAUUAUAGAACCAGAUGAAUCUAUUUCCCUGACUGAUAAUGCUCUUUAUAAAUAGAAUUGUCGUCACAAGGUUACGUGAUUUCCCCACUCUCCACACUUCUCUCCUAUCAGUUACCAUGGUUCCAGAAAAUCUUACUUUUUCCUCACAUUGAUAUAUUCCAAAAAUUUUCAAAAUGUAUUGCCAUGGAGCAAAAGGCAAUAUUUGCCAAAAAUUAUGGUAAGUGUGAGAGAAAAAGUAAUCGAGUAACCUUGUCAGGCCUGUCAUAUUAAUAAAUAGUAUAAAAUGUA